CUUUCCAUAUAAGCAUCAUCUUAGCUUCCUAAUUUCCAUCCUCUAAUUGUUACACUACCCUUUUUCUUUCAUACUUAAUCAAAAGGUUCGUUUUAAUUUGAAGCAACAAUUUGUAGGCAGAAGAUGGAAAACUUGUGCAACUUUGGUGAAGAAAUGGAAUUGCCUCCUGGUUUUCGUUUUCACCCUACUGAUGAAGAACUUAUCACACACUACUUAUGCCCCAAAGUUUUCGAUAGUACUCAUUCAGCUAAACCUAUUGCUGAGGUAGAUUUAAACAAGAUCGAACCCUGGGAUUUGCCAUGGAAGAGAAAAAUGGGUGAAAAAGAGUGGUACUUCUUCUGCAUAAGGGAUAGGAAAUAUGCAAGUGGUUUAAGGACAAAUAGAGCAACUGAUGCAGGGUAUUGGAAGGCAACUGGUAAAGAUAAAGAGAUAAUACUAUUCAAGUUGAAAACACUUAUUGGAAUGAAGAAAACUCUGGUUUUCUACAAGGGGAGGGCACCUAAAGGAGAAAAAACAGAUUGGGUCAUCCAUGAAUAUAGAUUACACGGCAAAUAUUCACUCCAAACUGCCAAGAAUGAAUGGGUAAUUUGCAGAAUCUUCAAGAAGAGUGCACGAGGGAAGAAGAUACAUAUUUCAGGGCUAAUGAGAAGCAACAAUAAUAUCAAUGACAAUUCAGUGUCUUCAAAUUUGCCCCCUCCAUUGAUGAACAUAUCAUCAUAUGAGAAUCAAAUUAUAACAAAAUCCUCUCAUUCUCAUGUGACCAGCUUCUCCAAUUCAAUAGAGAACCAGAAACCUCAAACUAACUUGGCUGAUGACUUGUAUGGGAAUUUUGGCUUAAUGCAAGAGAACAAAGAGUCAGAAGCAAAUCAAAAUUACGAAAUUGGCAUGAGGGCUUAUGAGGAUCAUGAUUUCCCAAUCCCUUCAUUUGGGCCAGUGGAUCUUGAUUGUCUUUGGAAUUAUUGAAGUUGACAGAAUAAGCUACUUGUUUCAAUUCUAUAUUAAUAGAGCCAGUGGAUUUCCAUAGAAUAUAUAUAUAUAUAUAUAUAUAUAUAUA